AUGACCUGUCUGAUUUUUAGCGUUGGUGUUGGUUUUGCAGGAUCUUUUGUGCUCUUUGAGCGAAAUCAUCUUGCAUAUCGAGUUAUUUUGGCUCAAUUUGAUGCUGGUCAAGCGGGCCGGUGUGCAUUUAGUCCUAGCAAGCAAUGCAAUCCAAUCAAAGUGGGUAGGCUCGAUUUCCCAUGUAAUCAUCUUGGAUCAUAUCCAAGGGGUUGUGAAAAAGAAUUUUCUUGUGAAUGCAUCACUGCUGAUGUGGAAGGUCGACCCUGCAAGGACUUAUUCUUGGUUUUGCUUGCAAACAAUGUUGGGGGGAACAACGGUAAUUCUCUGCUUCCUGUUUUCAUGGAUGAGAAUCAUAUUCCUUAUCAGGCGAAUGCAUCAAACCAGUUGCAGUUGUUUGGUAAUUGUGAGUUCUCAUCUUAUCAAGUUUCAUUCUCAAACCUUGUAGUGGCAGCUGGAUGCAGCAUUGAUCCAGUUAAUUAUUUUGGAAAUGAACAUGGAACUCCUAUCCUUCGUGCCAAUAAACGAGGUAGGGAAGCAGAAGAUUUUGGCAGACAGCAAAAGCUACAGAUUUCCUUAAAUUAUAACAUUUGUCAAGAUGAAGCUGACCGCUCAGCAAGCAUUCCAAACCCAAACCCUGUAUCGACUGGGUUGCGUCUAUCUUAUGAUGAUGAUGAACACAACUCGUCUGUAACUUCUGCAAGUGGAAGUAUGACUGCUGCACCUUCAGUCAUCCUGUCCCUUGGUGAUAAUAUUAGGACUGAGCUUGAUCGGCAGAAAGAAGAGUUUGAUCAGUAUAUCAAGAUUCAGGAGGAGCACUUGGCUAAGGGAGUGAGGGACUUGAAGCAGAGACAUAUUUCUUCUUUCCUCGCUACCAUUGAGAAGGGUGUGAGCAAGAAGCUACAGGAAAAAGACGUAGAAAUAGAGAACAUAAACCGUAAAAACAAGGAGUUGAUUGAGAGAAUAAAGCAGGUGGCUGCUGAAGCCCAGAAUUGGCACUAUAGAGCAAAGUACAACGAAUCAGUUGUCAAUGUCUUGAAGAGCAACCUCCAGCAGGCAAUUUCACAGGGUGCUGAUCAAGGGAAGGAAGGAUUUGGAGACAGUGAGAUUGAUGAUGCUGCCUCGUACAUUGACCCUAACAACUACCUGAACUUUUCCAGUGACCCUGCAAAGCCUCUCCCCUGGAAUUAUCAAGGCUUGAAGGAGCAUACGGCAUGUCGAGCAUGCAAAACAAGGGAAGUGUCCAUGUUGUUAAUGCCCUGCAGGCAUCUGUGUUUGUGUAAAGAAUGUGAUAUGUUAACCAAUGUUUGUCCUAUGAAGCUAGCGUUGGCUCGUUAUCUUUUUGGUGCUGCCUAUGUGUGGGUGUGUGAAGUAGGGUUCUCUGUGUCCGUCUCUCGUCCUUUUCUUGUUUUUAUUUCUCUUCCUGAGAAUGCAUUGUCUGAUAUGAUGCCUUAUGUUUUGGCACAGGGACAAUGCCGGUUCCCAUUUUGA